AAAAUAUUUGUCAUUGUUUUACGAAAUAAGCAGAAAGUGCAGCAAGCCAAUACAAAGUUUAAGCAAAAUCUUAAAAAUACUUCAAAUAAAUCAAAAAUAUAUAAAGCAAUGUCUAGUAGAAAAGCAUCCCACUCUGGAAGUUGGUAUUCGGACUCAGCUUCGGAGCUUUCACGCCAGUUAGACAACUGGUUGGGUGCUGCCACACUCUCACAUGGUCCAGCUAGGGCAAUUAUUGCUCCUCAUGCAGGUUAUACAUAUUGUGGAGCAUGUGGUGCUUUUGCCUAUCGUCAAGUUAGUCCCGCUGUAGUAAAACGAAUUUUUAUUUUGGGUCCUUCACAUCAUGUACGUCUGCGAGGCUGUGCUUUAUCUAUUGCUAAAAAGUAUAAAACUCCACUUUAUGAUCUCAAAAUUGACACUGAUGUUAAUGCUGAACUUGAGAAGACUGGACACUUUUCAUGGAUGGAUAUGAAAACGGACGAAAAUGAGCAUAGCAUUGAAAUGCAUUUGCCCUAUAUAGCCAAAGUUAUGGAAGAUUUCAAAGAUCAUUUCACAAUUGUUCCCAUUCUGGUGGGAUCUUUAAAUCCCGAUCAAGAGGCUUUGUAUGGACGUUUAUUAGCCAAUUACUUUACGGAUCCACAAAACUUAUUUGUGAUAUCAUCAGAUUUCUGUCACUGGGGUCAUCGUUUCAAUUAUACCUAUUACGAUAGAUCUUGUGGUCCAAUCUAUAAAUCCAUUGAAAAGUUAGAUAAACAAGGCAUGGAUAUUGUAGAAACAUUGAAACCUGAAACAUUUACCGCUUAUUUGCGUGAGUUCAAUAAUACCAUAUGUGGCCGUCAUCCUAUUGGCGUCAUGCUUAGUGCAAUUAAAGUUCUCCAAGAACAAGGUUACAAUAUGAGCUUUAAAUUUUUAAAAUACGCUCAAAGUAGUCAGUGUAAGAAUAUGGAUGAUUCAAGUGUUAGUUAUGCAUCUGGCUCUUUAAUAUUUGAAUGUUGAAAAUAUUAAAUAUUUUGCUCUCAUCUAUACUUUUUCAAUUUGAUUUUUAAAUUUUUUUCGGACAGUCGAAAAACGAUCGAUUUCUACUACAAAAUAAAUUGAAUUUGUAGUUUUUUUUUAAAUAAAUUUUAUAAUUCCCAUUUUCAUUGCAAAAAUGUUUUUCAAUCAAAAUUUAAUAAUAAAAUUAGGUAUUAAUUAUUACCCAUAAAUAUCCCUCAAUAAUUUAAAAAAAUGUAAUAUUAAUAAUAAAUAAUUUGUUUUUAAAUAAAAAAAAAUAUUAAAAAUAA